GCAGGCCGCAGCCAGUGACCACCGUCUGCAGGGGCCAGGGAGAGCAGGAAAGCAAAUAGAGGGGAGCACCGUGGUUUUGUGCUUGAGAAAAAGCGAAAACCUGUGUCGAUGCUUCUUAUCACCGUCCCAGACUCUUCAGCAAGGAUUGGAAUGGUCGUGGGCCACCACUGCUGAGUCAGGAAGGAAUUUGAGAGAAGAAUCCAGAUUCCCAAGCAGCAAUCAAGGCUGGCAUCCAUCCCAGUUUCUCCUUUGAGAUUCAGCAGAAGACCCUGAUGGAGGAGGACAAUACUCAGAGGGAGGAGCCCAAGCAAGAGGGAGCUGACGAGGUGCAUGUCGAUUCCAGCAGGACCAUGGCAGAGCUUAGCCACGUGCAAAAGCAGCUCGAUCUACAAAACGGGAGCCUAGAGGCGGGUUUCGGGGCCAAUUCCCCGGACGACGACGACGACGACGACCGAUCCCAGACCAUGAUGGAGAGCCUGAGCCCCAAGAAGUACUCCUCCAGUCUGAGGUUCAAAGCCAACGGAGACUACUCCGGCUCGUACUUGACCCUGUCGCAGCCGCUGCCGGCCCGGAGGAGCCCGUCCCCGCUGGGGAGCGGCGCCCGGAGCAGCCCGUCGCUGGCCCGCGGCCCCGGGGGCAGGCAGCUGCCCGGCGCGGGGUCGGGGUCGGGGUCGGGGUCGGGGAGGCCGCCCGCCCCGCCGCUGGGCGCCUGUGCCCCCGGGAGGCCGGACCCCGAGCGGCCCCUGCGGCUGGCCGACAGGCCCCCCUACUGCAAGUACAGCCCCAGGAACAAGUCCCACGACAACGUGUGCCUCCUGGGCGCGCUGGAGGCCCGGAAGGCGGCGUGGAGCGGAGGCGGCCCCGCGGGCCCCGGGUCGGGGGCGGCCAGCAUGCCGUCCAGCCCCAAGCAGGCGCGGAGGAUGGGCCUGCAGGACCGGCCCGGCCGGCCCCGGGAGCCCCCGCCCGACGCCGCGGCGCCCCGAGCGCGGAGGCCGGCGGGGGGCGGGCUGGGCCACAUGGGGGCGCACAGCCGCUCGCUGCCCCGGCUGCACAGGGCGGCCGACGGCCCGCAGCUCAGCCUGCCCCCCCGGGCCGCGCUGGGCGGCGCCAGGCGGACGAGGCCGGGGGACCGGGAGCCGCCCCCCAGCUGCGCGGAGCACGACGGCUACCUGAGCUUCUCCUCCUGGAGCGCGGGGCCCGCGCCCUACAGGCCGGCGGCGGCCGAGGGCGCCCCGUACGCGAGCUCCACGCUCAGCAUCCCCGCCAGCCCCCGGGUGGCCCGCAAGAUGCUGCUGGCCUCGGCCGCCCCCUGCGCCCCCUGCGCCCCGCCCGCCCGCAGGAACCUCUCCUGGGGCUCCGCCGAGCUGGACGACCCCGACCCCGACCCCGACCCCGACCGCGACCCCGACCCCGACGGCCUCCGCCAGGCCGCGGGGACGCCCCAGCCCGCCCUCCGGGAGAGGAAGAGCAGCAUCAGCUCCAUCUCGGGCCGCGAGGACCUCAUGGAUUAUCACCGGCGGCAGAGGGAGGAGAGACUCAGGGAGCAGGAGAUGGAGCGACUGGAGAGACAGCGUCUGGAGACCAUCCUCAGUCUAUGUGCUGAAUACACGAAGCCCGACAGCCGCUUGUCCACGGGCACCUCCGUGGCAGAUGUGCAGAAGAUCAAUAAGGAGCUUGAGAAGCUGCAGCUGUCGGACGAGGAGUCCGUGUUUGAAGAAGCCCUGGUGAGCCCUGACGCCAGGUACAGGUGCCACCAGAAGGCUUCUCUCCAUGACGCCGACUUGCCGGUCUUUGGGAGCAUCGGUCAGAGCAGUGCCAGCCUCCUCUCCCCCAGGAGCAUCAGGAAUGAUGACCUGCUCAGGGACUUCACGUCAGCCUUUCUGAAAACUUCCAGCGAGUCUGCUUACCUUAGUAUCCUACCAAAGACCCCAGAGGGUAUAAAUGAAGAACAAAGGAUUCAGGAGUUGGCAGCAAUGGAGGAGACCCGGAUAACAAUUCUAAAUAACCUCGAAGAACUUGAACAAAAAAUCAAAGACAUAAAUGACCAGAUGGAUGAGUCUUCCAGAGAGUUGGAUAUGGAAUGUGCUCUUUUGGACGGAGAACAAAAAUCUGAAACAACUGAACUCAUGAAAGAGAAGGAAAUUUUGGAUCAUCUAAACCGGAAAAUAGCAGAACUGGAAAAGAACAUUGUUGGUGAAAAGACCAAGGAGAAGGUAAAGCUUGAUGCUGAAAGGGAAAAACUAGAGAGGCUUCAGGAGCUUUACUCCGAGCAGAAGACCCAGCUGGACAAUUGUCCUGAGUCCAUGAGGGAACAAUUACAACAACAACUGAAGAGGGACGCCGACCUGUUGGACGUGGAGAGCAAACACUUUGAAGACCUAGAAUUCCAGCAGCUUGAACGUGAGAGCCGUCUGGAUGAGGAAAAGGAGAACCUGACCCAACAGCUCCUGCGUGAAGUAGCUGAAUAUCAACGGAAUAUUGUGACUCGAAAGGAAAAAAUUUCUGCACUGAAAAAGCAAGCCAAUCAUAUUGUCCAGCAGGCUCAGAGAGAACAAGAUCAUUUUGUGAAAGAAAAGAAUAAUUUAAUAAUGAUGUUGCAAAGAGAAAAGGAAAAUCUUUGUAAUUUGGAAAAGAAAUACUCCAGCCUCUCUGGGGGGAAGGGGUUUCCUGUCAACCCCAGUACUCUAAAAGAGGGCUAUAUCAGUGUAAAUGAAUUUAAUGAGCCAUGUGUCAAUUCCACGAAUCUAUCCCCUUCCACUCAGUUCCCUGCUGACGCUGACGCUGUUGCCACUGGGCCUACCACAGCUGUGCUGGUGAGCCAGCCACAAAAUAAAGAGCAAAGAUCACCUGUCUGUUCUGGAUUUAUGUUUCCUUCCACCCUCUCUCCUCAUCCUAUCACUCAACUUCCAUCAGCCCCUUGGCCGGAAGUCCUGGCUCCGACUGUUGAUCCUUUCCCUUUAAAUGACACACCUCCUCCUCUACCAGCUAAGAAACACAGAAUGCAGCAACAGCAGCAGGAGCAACAGCAUUUUAGAAGUCUGGAAGAAAGGAAAAAACAGCAUAAAGAAGGCCUCUAUCUGAGUGACACUUUGCCUCGAAAGAAAACCACACCUUCCAUAUCCCCACAUUUCAGCAGUGCUACUAUGGGGAGAAGCACCACCCCAAAGGCUCACCUGCCCCUGGGACAGAGCAACAGCUGCGGCAGUGUACUCCCUCACUCCCUGGCAACCAUGACCAAAGACUCAGACUCUCGGAGGAUGCUCAGAGGAAAGUCCAAGAAAGGAAGAAUGAAUUUCUCAGCAGGAGCAAUUAGUAAUUCCAAAAGUUCAAGUAUCAAAGGGUAUAAUCACCAACAGAUGAGUGAAGGACAAAGGCAGAAAUCUGAAUUUUACAACCGCACGGCAUCUGAAUCAAACGUCUACUUGAACAGUUUCCACUACCCUGAUCACAGCUACAAGGACCAGGCCUUUGAUACUUUGAGCCUAGACAGCUCCGAUAGCAUGGAGACCAGCAUCUCAGCCUGCUCCCCUGACAACAUCUCUAGUGCCAGCACUUCAAAUAUUGCCAGAAUAGAAGAAAUGGAGAGACUUUUGAAGCAGGCUCAUGCAGAGAAGACCCGGCUGCUUGAAUCCAGGGAACGGGAAAUGGAAGCCAAGAAACGAGCCCUGGAAGAAGAAAAACGACGCCGAGAACUUCUGGAAAAACGAUUGCAGGAAGAAACUAGCCAGAGGCAGAAGUUAAUUGAGAAGGAAGUAAAAAUAAGGGAGAAACAGAGAGCACAGGCUCGACCUCUGACACGCUAUCUGCCCGUCCGGAAGGAAGACUUUGAUUUGCGAAGCCACGUAGAGACUGCUGGCCACAACAUUGAUACCUGUUAUCAUGUAUCAAUCACAGAGAAGACUUGCCGAGGAUUCCUUAUCAAAAUGGGUGGAAAAAUUAAAACGUGGAAAAAACGAUGGUUUGUUUUUGAUCGGAACAAGCGCACAUUCUCUUAUUAUGCAGACAAGCAUGAAGCUAAAUUAAAAGGAGUAAUAUACUUCCAAGCUAUUGAAGAAGUAUAUUAUGAUCACCUCAAGAACGCUAAUAAGAGUCCUAAUCCAUUACUCACCUUUAGUGUCAAGACCCAUGACAGAAUUUAUUAUAUGGUUGCGCCAUCGCCGGAAGCCAUGCGGAUCUGGAUGGAUGUUAUAGUUACUGGGGCAGAAGGUUACACCCACUUCUUACUGUAGCGAACUGGUGCAACAGUCUACUUCAGGGCGACUGCAAUAACCUCUUACAAGAAUGAAGCCAUAUUCAAUCCCAGAUGAAAAGACCCAAUAGACCCAUCCCUUUAACCGUGUAUACUCGGAACUCCUUUUAUAUUAACAGGAAGUCACUUAUAAAAGAGAAAAAGGGGGUUUUAACUCAAAGCUUCAUGAUAAAUAGCAAAAGGACCGAAGCACCUAUGAGGAAAAAAAAAAUACUAUUUUGGUAAAUAGCAUCACUUAUAGGAACAUUUCUUACAAACUAUUUUUUAUCGAUUGUUUACUUUGGUGAAAUAAACUGAAUGGUUUACAAAAUGUAUGUACUUGGAAAUACGAAAUUAUUUUAGCACCCCAGUUAUUGGCAUUGACAUUAUUAGUUAUCAACUGUUUCCUAAAAAGCAGUUUUCUGAAGGUUAUUUUAUAAAUAGAAGCAAAUAAGAGUUUGGAGGGGAAUAUAUUUUAGGAGAAGUUUUGCCCUAAUUAUUAAGUACUGCACCUAAACCAAAGACUUGAUAUGACUUCUGUUUAAUAGUGGUAGUUUCAGGUGAUGAACCGCAUUUAGUGUUACUCUACAUUUUAAAAUGGUACUUUGAUGCCAUCAGAUGUCCAGGAAGUUGACUCUAAAGAGUUACCUCUGGUAUAAGCUACUGUACAUAUAUAGCAAAUCACUUUUUGUAAAAGAAGAAAAGACAAAAAGUUGUGUGUGUUAAACAGGAGCAGUCUUAUUAGACAGACAUUCUGUCACUUUGAGCAAUUUAAAAUAAAAUACUUCAUGUUUUGCUAAAGAUUUCUCCAUUCCCAGUGCUGAGAAUAAAAGUACCCAGGGGCUGAUUUCCUUUAGGUUGUCCGUUUCCUCUUUGCUGUGGAACACACCCAUUAAUUGCAGCCUCACGUAAGGUAACGAUGAAAUCAGAGCUCUGUUUUCACCAAAGAACAGACCAAUUAAAAUCCUUAUUUACGGAGGUAGCGUAGUUCUAUAAAAAAGAAAAUGAACUUUGACUAAUGUUCUCUGUAAUGUACUAUUUUAUUAUGUAUUUCUUUACAAUUGGGCUUUGUUUGGGAGUUAAAUCAAUUUUUGUUGAAUGAAAUGACUUCAGGCAAGUCUCUUUUAUAACAGUUUUUCAGUGCCAUUUAUCCUGGUUUGUCAUGUUGUGUGUAUUUGCAAAUAUGAACGUACUCUUUCCGAAAAGUUGGCAAAUGAAUAGAAGUAGAAAAUAAUGGCUUUGCUUACUAGUACGAGAUGAAAUGAUGAGAUUGGCAGCGUCCAUAAAAUCUUUGUCAGACUUGACGGGGUACAAUUUUUAAAAAUUUGCAGUGUGAGCUGUAUACAUGUUGCCAAUAAAUAGAUUUUCCAACUGGA